GGAACUGUGACGUCACAAGGCUGCGGCACGCUCCUGCGUCUGUGAUUCAGAUCAACGAAGAUUGUCCGCACACAGAGAAACAAACACUGGUGAAACAGCUGAGAUUCAUGACACACGGUUAUAAAGAUGGCCUUUAUUAAAGAGGAGACUGAAGAAGUGAAGAUUGAAGAAACAUUGAGUCUGAAACAAGAAGAUACUGAGGAACAAACAGCACGAAACAAGAAGACACUGAAGAAUAAACAAAACAAACAGACCUGAUGCCGCUGAAAGAGGAUUGUCCAGAAUUUAAUAAAAAGGAAGAACAAAAUCUGUAUGAAAAUGUUGAUUUCACAACUGGAGAAAAAACUUCUGGUUGCUCACUGACUGAAAAGACAUCCACACAAAAUAGAAGUCGCUCCUGCAUUCAGUGUGGAAAGUUUUUCUCAAGCCAUGCAUACCUUGAUGUCCAUAUGAGAAUUCACAAAGGAGAGAAGCCUUUUACAUGCAAACAGUGUGGAAGGAGUUUCACUGAAAAAGGAAGCCUUAACAGGCACAUGAUGAUUCACACCGGAGAGAAGCAGUUCUCCUGCCAAGAAUGUGGAAAAAGUUUCUAUAAUAGGAGUCACCUUAAAGACCACAUGAGUGUUCACAGUGCAGAGAGAGCUUUUACCUGCUCUCAAUGUGGAAAAGGUUUCUAUCAAAGAAAAACACUUAAUAAACACAUCAGAUAUUACUGUGGAGAGAAGCCCUACAUAUGUCCACAGUGUGGAAAGAGUUUUAGACAUGAAGCAACAUUAAACACGCAUUUGAGAGACCACACUGGAGAAAAUCUGUUUGUAUGUUGUCAGUGUGGAAAGAGCUUCAGAUAUAAAGCAACAUUGAACACCCAUUUGAGAGUCCACACUGGAGAAAACAUGUUCAAAUGUGAUAAGUGUGGAAAAACCUUCAGAUAUAAAGCAACAUUGAACACCCAUUUGAGAGACCACACUGGAGAAAACAUGUUCAAAUGUGAUAAGUGUGGAAAGAGCUUCAGAUAUAAAGCAACAUUGAACACCCAUUUGAGAGUCCACACUGGAGAAAGCCUGCUCGUAUGUGAUCAGUGUGGAAAGGGCUUCAGAAGUAAAGUAAAUCUGACAAUGCACAAAAGAGUUCACAUUGUUCACAAACCAGAUGGACCUGAAAUGUCAGUUGCAAUCCCAUCAGUAGCACACUGUUUUCUAUUAAAAAAGUAAUAUACUGUAGAAAAUAAUGCAUUUUGGUCAUUAUCUGCCCCCUGGCUGUCCGAGGUUCUCUGUGAACAUCGCUCAUCUCUUCCUUCUCUGUAAAUGUCUUCACUGCUAAAACAUCCUACUACCACAACAAAAAUAACAGCUGUAGUAAGGAUCGGACACUCUUCAAAACUUUCUCUUCUCUCCUUAAUCCGCCUCCACCUCCUCCUCCAUCGACUCUUACAGCGGACGACUUUGCAGUUUUCUUCACAAAUAAGACAAGAACCAUCAGUAACCAAUUUUCCACACCACAGCCUGAGGAUAACUUCACUCCUCCUCUCCACUCUCAGAGAUGGACAUUUCCAAACUUAUCCUGUCCAAUCAUCCUACUACUUGUCCACUUGAUCCGAUCCCCACUCACCUCCUUCAAGCAAUCUCUUCUUCAGUCACACCUUCGCUUACUCACAUUAUCAACUCUUCUCUUCACUCUGGAACAUUUCCCUCAGCUUUUAAGCAGGCUCGGGUAAGCCCACUGCUUAAGAAACCAUCUCUAAUUCCAGCGCUUCUAGAAAACUAAAGACUGGUAUCCCUUCUGCCAUUCAUUGCAAAGACACUUGAGCGAGCCGUGUUCAACCAGUUUUCUAUGUUCCUUGUACAGAACAACCUCUUGGACAGCAACCAAUCUGGCUUCAAAAGUGGCCACUCAACUGAGACUGCCCUCCUCUCAGUUAUUGAAGCCCUGCGUCUGGCAAGAGCAGCUUCAAAAUCCUCAGUACUCAUUUUACUGGACCAGUCUGCUGAUUUUGACACUGUUAAUCACCAGAUUCUCCUGUCUUCCCUCAGAAAGAUGGGCAUCUCUGGAACCGCACUCCUGUGUUUGAAGUCCUACCUCUCCAAUAGAUCCUUCAGCAUGUCUUAGAGGGGUAAUGUUUCUAAGUCACAACAACUUGCUACUGGGGUUCCUCAAGGCUCAGUACUUGGACCACUUCUCUUCUCCAUCUACAUGACGUCAUUAGAAACUGUCAUUCAGAAGCAUGGCUUUUCUU